AUGUCCAUUACACCAGAUUCAUUGACAGGCAAUCCCAGUUGGGAUGUAGUAGUAUGGGUAUUCUAUGUACUUCGUCUUACAAUUCUGGCCACUCAAGAGAUAGUAUGUGUACCACAGAUGAUAAUGGAUGCUCAAUACUUCCGUCAAAAGAAGAAGGCACCCAAUGCGCGUUGGUACACUCUAUUUGGUCUAUGUUGUUUCCCACUAUUCCGUUUCUCUUAUAUUAUAUUCAUCUUGGUCGAUCAUAGAUAUGACUAUGGACACUAUGGAGUCCUUGUUUGUUCACUUGGAUCAACUUUCUUCCAGUUCUUUAUUUAUAUCUUUGUGAUUUGUUUCUGGAUGAUGUUACUGUACACUUACUUCAUAUCGGAGAAGAUUAGAUUGGAGAAUGCCAAGAGAUGCUGGAGGUUCUCGUGGGGCCUCAUUGCAUUCGCCGCAGCAUUCCACAUCAGUUACUUGAUCAUGUCACCAUUUGUCAAAUUCAAGAUUCUGGACGUUUACUACACAGCUGCAUUCGUAUUCAUGAUGCUGCUGGGUGGCCUGCUGAUCCUGAUCAACGGCCCCAUCCUCAUGAGCCGACUGAAGAAGCAUCAGUCCGAGGUGCAGGGCGCACAGAAUGGCGGCGACAAGAUCGAAGUGAUGAUCAAGAAGAUCAAGUACCUGUCGUACGUGGUGGCCUUGUCCGUCGUGGUGAUCGUCAUUCGUAACCUGGUGCUGUACAUCAAGCCCGUUCCCGACGACAGCAACAUCAAGCACGUAUCAUCAUUCCUCAUCUUUUUGGCCGAGACGCUCACCGAGGGCGCCGUCAUGCUGGCCAUUGCCGAUCGUCCACUCAACUACUUCCGCUUCAAGAGCAUCAUCUCGAGCAGGAAGUUUGGUGACGUCAGCUUCCAGCCGAGCCAGAUCUCUGGCAACUCGUCCAAGGGCAUGCAGACUGCCCUAGACCUCGGCGACUUUGACGACUCUAGCAACAACAGCGGCAGCGCGAGCCCACAACCCAACUCGGUCAGUAUGGACACCUUCUCCGUCGAGGUCAAGGACGAGAGCACUGGAAGCGGAGUCAUCAUCGAACAUGAACUAGAACAAUAA